CUCUUGGCGCGUUGGUUGUUUGCCACGUUAUUUUUCGCUUGCUUCGUUUUUUUUACUUCAGCGUGUGAUAUUAAGAUCUUAUCUUGCAGUCUUUGGUUCUUAUGAACCAUGUUGAUCCCUGAAGACCAAAUAUGGAUGGUCGUUGUUGGUUUCAUAAUAGCUUUCAUUCUUGCUUUCGGAAUUGGUGCAAAUGAUGUGGCAAAUUCAUUCGGGACUAGUGUUGGGGCCAAAGUAUUAACACUGAAACAAGCUUGUAUUCUUGCUACAAUCUGUGAAUUAAGCGGUUCUGUUCUUUUAGGUGCUAAAGUUUCCAAUACCAUACGGAAAGGUAUUGUUAGUGUCGAACUUUUUCAAACCAUCGACAACGGGCAUGUACUCUUGAUGGCCGGACAGGUUGCUGCUCUGGGUGGUUCUUGUAUUUGGCUUUUGGUUGCUACAUUCUUUCGUCUUCCAGUCUCUGGGACACAUAGUAUUGUAGGUGCAACGAUGGGUUUUAGUCUUGUUGUUUUUGGACUCAAUGCUAUUCAAUGGAAAGGACUACUCAAAAUUGUUGGAUCAUGGUUUCUCUCACCUCUUCUAAGCGGUUUGGCAUCUAUCGGAGUAUUUUUCCUAAUGCGUUUUAUGGUGCUCAGAAAAGAAGAUCCUCUUGAACCUGCACUUAAACUUAUCCCAGGUUUUUUCGGCACAGUGGUUCUGGUCAAUAGUUUUUCAAUAUUUUACGAAGGACCUUCACUGCUGAAAUUCGAUAGGAUACCUCUUUAUGGAAUAUUUAUAAUUAGUUGUGGUUUAGGUAUUAUCACUGUUCUACUUGUGAAGUUUGUUUGGGUACCUUUGGUUCGCCGACAUAUUUUAACUGGAGAAUCGAGUCGACAUAUUUUGAAAGGCUAUUUUUCCCGUAAGAGCAAAAAGAAAUUGUCUGUCGCUGUAGACGAUAAGUAUCAAUCUGUUGAGGAUAAUAAAUCUCCCAAACUUUCAAGCAAUAAUCAUGAAUCGAUUGAUAUGGAUACGUAUGUACCUCGUGCAGAGGGAGAGGCUGUGAUUGGAUUUCGAAACAAUGUUGCCAGAGGAAAUACAGAUGACAAAGACAAACUUGGACGAUUUACUACUGAAAAUAAUGGUGUAUUGCAGGGAGUAGAAAAUCAAAAUAAAGUUUCAAGUCAUUUCGAAGUGAAACCAAGUAACCCAGAUGAAACAGUUCAUAAAAGAAAUCAGUUAAAUAGGGUUUUGGAUUAUUCACCAAAUGAUCAAAAUGCCAUCACGGAUGGUAGUCAUAAUUUAACUAAUGGUAAAAUGAAUGUAUCGUUUCCUCCUAACCUGUCUACAAUUGGUGAAGAACCAGAUCCUGUCGAUUCAGUCAAAGAUCGUCCUGCUGAAGCUCAAGUUUUCUCAUCUUUACAAAUUUUAACAGCUGUGUUUGGAUCAUUUGCUCAUGGUGGUAAUGAUGUAAGUAAUGCUAUCGGGCCGUUGAUUGGUUUAUGGCUUAUUGCCACAACACAAUCAGUUGAUUCAUCGAAAACUACAGAUGUUUGGAUUUUGGUUUAUGGUGGUGUUGGUAUAUCAGUUGGUCUUUGGAUAUGGGGUAGACGUGUUAUUCAAACAUUAGGUGAAGAUCUGACGAAAAUAUCACCUUCCAGUGGUGUUUGUAUUGAAAUUGGUUCAGCCCUGACUGUAUUAAUUGCUAGUAAAAUUGGUCUACCAAUAUCAACUACACACUGUAAAGUUGGUUCGGUCGUAUUUGUUGGACGUGCACGUUCUAGAGACAAUGUUAAUUGGGGUAUAUUUCGUAAUAUUCUAGCUGCAUGGUUGGUAACCUUACCCGCUGCUGGUGCUAUCUCUGCUUUACUCAUGUAUAUAUUUACAUUUGUAGUAUGAAUUUAGUUUAUUAUAUUAUUAUUAUUAUUAUUAAUAAAUAUUUUAUGAUUAAAAAAAUCUGUUUUUAUAAGUAAAAAGAACGAACAGAAUAAACUGAAUCUCACAAAUCAAUAAUGUAACUUCUUGUUUGUAUCCCCAUACAUUUUGAGCGAACUGAUUGAUUUUUUUCUGCUCACUUCUUCAUUUACUUACUAGAUUUCUAUUGUUUUUUUUUCUGGGUUUUUUUCGUCCAACACAUCCGCUUGUAAACAUAUAUGCACAUACACAGAAUAGAAAAACAGUUACUUUUCUCCCUCGUUAUCAUUACUAUUAUUAUUAACUGAUCUCGUAUUCAUUAGAUAAAUGUUCGUAUUAGUACAAGUGGUGAUGGUUUAUUUAGUUGAUGUUCUGUUUAAAAAUAAAAGUUCCCUUAAUCUCUCACCAUUUUUAUUACGUUCAACGUCUGUCGACAUGGUACCCUGUUCACCAGUUAACACUGUACACAGUUUACUCACAUGCAUACACAUAAACAGAGACAUGGAAUAGUAAAAAAAAACAACAGAUUUGUAGCAACAUCCCUUUGAAUUGUAACAUAAAACAUUAUUAUUUCCUUGUAAUUUUGUUUUUAUCAACUAAUAUUAGUGAAAAAGUUUUUUUUCUAUUUUUCUAGUUACUACUUCCUUGAUAAGUUGGUUGUUUAAUGGGAAGUUACUAUUAAUUAAUAAUUUAUGAUGUGAUUCAAUUAAUUAAUUAAAAGAACUUUUGAAAAAUGUUUGUUCAGUUGUUUUUUUCGCCAAUUUUUAUUAUUAAUCAUAUAAACUAUGGGAUACAUAAAUUGAACUAAUGAUAUCAGUUUUUGUAAGAAAUAAAUCUUGGAUUUGUUUUGAUCAAUGAUGAAACGACGUUAAUACAUAGUAAAGUGUUAUUACAUAGCUAAUUCACUUUGAAC